AUGAUUCUUUUCAUAGGUAUGAAAUUUAUAUGUGCUUAGAGUAACAAAAUAUGAGAUAGCGAUUAUCUUGUUAGAACGGCAUACAUUGUACGGAAGCCUUAAAAGCAUAGUUCUAAGCCAUAUGGAAAUAAAUGCCUCUGUGCAUCAACCUACGCCUUAAAGACUCUAACUAAUAGAAAAGUUCCAGGAUUAAAAUCAAGGAAAUAUGGGUACCUAAACACAAUGUGUACAUUUUGGUUACUUAAAAACAUUAUCAGAAUCAACCAUAAUGGUCAUACUUUUUUGAAAAAUGGAAUAGCUUGAUAGGCUUUUAAAGAAGCCGUUGA